CCCGUGGCCGAGGAUGCCCAGUUCGCUCCUGCUCUGCAGUUGGUGGUAAUGGCGCCGCUCACCGUGAAGGCCUACCUUCUGGGGAAGGAGGACGCGGCCCGCGAGAUCCGCCGCUUCAGCUUCUGCUUCAGCCCCGAGCCCGAGCCCGAGUCGGAGGCCGAGGCCGAGGCCGCAGCUGGACCUGGGCUCUGCGAGCGUCUGCUGAGCCGGGUGGCCGCCCUGUUUCCCGCGCUGCGGCCCGGCGGCUUCCAGGCGCACUACCGCGAUGAGGAUGGGGACUUAGUUGCCUUUUCCAGUGAUGAGGAGCUGACGAUGGCAAUGUCAUAUGUGAAGGAUGACAUCUUCCGUAUUUACAUUAAAGAGAAGAAGGAGUGCCGGCGGGACCACCGCCCCCCGUGUGCUCAGGAGGUGCCCCGAAACAUGGUGCAUCCCAAUGUGAUCUGCGACGGCUGCAAUGGGCCGGUGGUGGGGACCCGCUACAAGUGCAGUGUCUGCCCAGAUUAUGAUCUGUGUGCCGCCUGUGAGGGCAGAGGCCUGCACCGGGAGCACAGCAAGCUAGCCUUCCCCACCGCCUUCGGGCACUUCUCGGAGGGUUUCUCUCACAGCCGCUGGCUCCGGAAGCUGAAACACGGGCACUUUGGGUGGCCUGGCUGGGAGAUGGGCCCGCCAGGGAACUGGAGCCCACGGCCCCCUCGCUCCGGAGAUGCCCGCUCCAGCCCCACGGCAGAAGCAGCUUCUGGUCCAUCGGAGGAUGCCGGUGUGAAUUUCCUCAAGAAUGUGGGGGAGAGUGUGGCAGCUGCCCUCAGCCCUCUGGGCAUUGAAGUUGAUAUUGAUGUGGAGCACGGAGGGAAAAGAAGCCGCCUGACACCCGUCUCUCCAGGCAGCUCGGGCACUGAGGAUAAGUGCAGCUCUCAGCCCAGCAGCUGCUCCUCUGAGCCCAGCAAACCAGAGGGUGACAUGGAGGACACCACACAGCAUCUGGCUGAGCAAGUGGACAAGAUUGCCCUGGAGUUGGGGCAGCCUGAGGAGCAGAUGGAGUCUGAUAAUUGCUCGGGAGGAGAUGAUGACUGGACUCAUUUGUCUUCAAAGGAAGUGGACCCAUCUACAGGGGAGCUCCAGUCCCUACAGAUGCCUGAAUCUGAAGGGCCAGGCUCUCUGGAUGCUUCCCAGGAAGGGCCCACAGGGCUGAAGGAGGCUGCAUUGUACCCACAUCUGCCACCAGAGGCGGACCCCCAGCUGAUUGAGUCCCUGUCCCAGAUGCUGUCCAUGGGGUUCUCUGACGAAGGCGGCUGGCUCACCAGGCUCCUGCAGACCAAGAACUAUGACAUCGGGGCUGCCCUGGACACCAUCCAGUAUUCAAAGCACCCCCUGCCAUUGUGACAGCUUUUGCUCACCUGUUGUGUCCCCUUCCCUGUCUCAUAGUCAUGUUUCAUGUUGCGCUAGUGUAGAACGGCAGGGCCUCUGGAAGGGCCAGUUUCUUCUGCAUUCUUUUUCCAGAAUCUGGGGGCAGGGACAUGUGAAGCCAUUUAGGAACAGUGGCAUGAAGGGCAAGCUCCAUGUCUGUGUGUGAUAAUGUCUGAUAAUCGCUGACCAGCUUCCCUGGGCAGAGUGGGAACUCCCUGCUGGGAAGGCAUCAAAACCAUACCACCCAUCCUGCUCUUCGCCGCUGGGAUUACACCAGCAGUACAGAAUCUCUUGGCUAAUGGCUGUCUGCUUUUCCCUUUUCUUUAAAUGACUAAUGUAGUUUAUUUUCUGCUAGAAACCUGAUAUACUCCGAGUUUAGGUGGAGUACAGCCAACCUUCUGUCAGGGCAGAGGUGGCUGCCCUGGAGCAAGUCCUGGCAGGGAGGCGGCCUGGGGCUGCGCACUUCCACCAGGGCUGAGGAAGGGCUGCCGGGCGCAGUGCCUACUUCACAACCACUGUAGGGCUCUUACUUCCACAUGUGUCAGCUGCUCUUAAACUAAGAAGAUCCCUUUGUAACCAUUCUGUUACUUCUUGUAAACAAUCUAAUUAAAUGGUAUAAGCACUUUAA